UUGAUGAUGGAGACUCUACUCCCUCUCCCUCCAGGCUCCACCACACCACACCACAGCAGGCGAGAGAGAGAGAGAGAGUAUUAUUAUUAAGGCCAUAGGUAGUAGCAGGAACAGAGAUCAUCAAUCACAACGGAGCCACCACCACCACCACCACAGCCUCCACUCUCCACCGCAUCCGGCAGCGGCGCGCGGCGGAGAAGCCGGUCCGGGGAAGCAGGCGAGCGACAGGAAGCAGCAGCACCGACAGCAAGAAGAAGAAGGAGAAGAAGAAUCGGACGCCAUAAUGCAGCAGCAUCAAGGGGUUCCUAAAUUUGGGAACUGGGAGGACGAGGGCCAAGGCUACACGCAGUACUUCGAAAACGCCCGCAAAUCUCCAGGAAGGCCCGUCAACCAGAACGAUCGCAACCAAGGCGCUGCACAGGCACCCCCGAACGACCCGCCGUCGGUCAAGGCCUCCCCCUUGAGGCCGGGGUCCGAGCCGGGGCUGCGCAAGAACAGGGACGAAAGGCGUGCCACCCGAGAAGACGACCUCCGUCGGCACGAGCCCGCUGCCCGGAAAACGCAUGCCGAGUCGCCCAACCAUAGAUAUGGUGACCAGAGCAACUACGAAGGCGCUGCGAGGAAAGCGAGCAAUGAGAGGUCACCCAUCCAUCCUCGGCAGCAGGCAAGGCUUGCAAACAAAGGUGGGGUUUCAUCUCCUGUUGCGGAUCGCAGGGGUUCUGCUCCCACCACGCCUGGAAGGUCCAAGAUGAGGCCAACCGGCCGCGGCGAUGAAACGCCCGAGAGAGGAUCAGCUGUGCCGAAGUUUGGAGACUGGGAUGAGAAAGACCCUUCGACUGGUGAAGGUUUCACUGACAUAUUUGAGAAGGUGAGGGAGGAGAAGCAGUCCGGCGCGGAUACUGUCGGCACCAGCCAUGCAUAUAAGGACCGCUACAACCAAGGGGACAGAUAUGAAUCUUCGGGCUGCUCAUGCUUCAGCUGGUUCAAGAAGUGACACCCACCCUGCCUGUAACAUACCUGUGGCGAUUGUAUCUUUGUGAAAUGAGUAGCCAAAUCUGUUGUUAUUUUGUUGAGAUGUUAUGUUAUAGCGAGACAUGUGUCGGAGCAUGAAUUAUUCGCAAGGCUGUGAUUCAGCAUUUUUUUUUGAGCAUUUGUAAUCAGUGGUUGGUUUCCUGAA